AUGGCCCUCCCUGGCCCUCGGUCCUUCCGGGGCACGUCAGCCACCCUGUCGUCUCCUCCCUGGGAGCUACCAGUGCAGCUCCCGGCCCCACCCGGCACGCACCACGGCGUCUGCUGUGAGGGGCCGCCCUGGGAGCGCUGUGUGCUGUGGCUGCACCACGGGCCUCCCCGGACGGACCACCCGGACGGGCCACCCCAGAUAGGCCACCCCGGACGGGCCACCCCUGGGCCUCCCAGACAGGCCACCCCGGACAGCCCACCCCAGACGGGCCACCCCCUGGGCUUCCCGGAUAGGACACCCUGGACGGGCCACCACCCAGGCCUCCCGGACAGGCCACCCCAGACGGGCCACCCAGAUGGGCCACCCCCUGGGCUUCCCACAGGCCACCCCGGACAGCCCACCCCAGACAGGCCACCCCCUGGGCCUCCCGGACAGGCCACCCCGGACAGCCCACCCCAGACGGGCCACCCCCUGGGCUUCCCGGACAGGACACCCCAGACAGGCCACCCCGGAUGGGCCACCCCCUGGGCCUCCUGGACAGGCCACCCCGGACAGCCCACCCCAGACGGGCCACCCCCUGGGCUUCCCGGACAGGACACCCCAGACAGGCCACCCCGGACGGGCCACCCCCUGGCCUCCCAGACAGGCCACCCCGACAGCCCACCCCAGACGGGCCACCCCCUGGGCUUCCCGGAUAGGCCACCCCGGACGGGCCACCACCCAGGCCUCCUGGACGGGCCACCCCAGACAUGCCACCCCAGAUGA